AUGUACUCACCGGAAGAGGAGGUCGAGCUGAGAAGGCGCAACUAUCGCAGCAUCAGGGAGAUGAUCCGGCUCUCCUACACGGUGGGCUUCAACCUGAUGGAUCCCUCGCGAUGCGGACAGGUGCUCAGAAUCUGGACCAUUAUCCUAAGCCUGAGUAGCUUGGCCUCACUGUACGGCCAUUGGCAAAUGUUUCUGCGAUAUAUUCAGGAUAUCCCACGAAUUAUCGAGACCGUUAGCACUGCCCUGCAGUUCCUCACUUCGAUAGCAAAGAUGUGGUAUUAUCUUUUUGCCCAUCGACAGAUUUACGAUCUUUUACGAAGAGCCCGGUGUCACGAAUUACUCCAAAAGUGCGAGCUCUUCGGCAGAAUGUCAGAUCUACCUGUAAUCAAGCCGCUUCGCCAGCAAGUGGAGUCCAUAAUGGAUCGCCAAUGGGCCAGCACUCGAAGGCAACUGCUUAUCUACUUGUACUGCUGCAUUUGUAUUACCUCGAACUACUUCAUCAACUCCUUUGCCAGCAACCUCUAUCGAUAUUUCACCCGUCCCAAGGGAACAUACGACAUUGUGCUGCCUUUGCCUUCGCUAUAUCCAGCUUGGAAGGACAAGGGCCUAACUUUUCCCUACUACCAUAUACAAAUGUACCUGGAGACCUGUUCCCUAUACAUCUGCGGCAUGUGCGCUAUUAGCUUUGAUGGAGUUUUCAUUGUCUUAUGCCUUCACGGCGUGGGUCUAAUGAAGUCCCUUAAUCGAAUGGUAGAACUAUCUACAUCGGAGUUAGUUCCCCCAGAACGCAGGGUUGAGUAUCUACGAUGCUGCAUCUAUCAGUACCAGCGAGUGGCGGCCUUUGCGGCUGAGAUCAAUGACUGCUACCGGCACAUCACCUUUUCGCAGUUCAUGCUGAGCCUUUUCGGAUGGGGCAUGGCUUUGUUCCAGAUGAGCGUGGGAUUCGGCAACAACAGCAGCAUCACCAUGAUCCGGAUGACCAUGUAUCUGGUGGCAAGCGGCUACCAGAUAGUCGUGUACUGCUACAAUGGCCAGCGAUUUACGACGGCUAGCGAGCAGAUUGGCGAGGCCUUCUACGAGGUGCGAUGGUACGGGGAGUCGCGGGAGUUCCGCCACCUCAUCCGCAUGAUGCUGAUGCGCACGAACCGGGGCUUCAGGCUGGACGUGUCCUGGUUCAUGCAAAUGUCCCUGCCCACGCUGAUGGCGAUGGUCCGGACAAGUGGACAGUACUUCCUGCUGCUGCAGAAUGUCAACCAAAAAUAG